UCCAGUUAAGGCAGCUGGUGUGAGUCUCAGCUCCCCGCCAGCGAGGGGCGACGGAAGGGACCGGGCAGGCGGGGGCGCGGGGCCGCGCAGCCCGACGGCGGCAGUGGCGAGGCGCUCGGUGCAUGGGCCAGUGAGGACGCGCGCGGACAUCCCCUGGCCGCGCCGGAGGCGGAGCAGCGCGGAGGCAGGCGCUGCCCGGCGACCCUGCGUCCCAGCGAGCGGAACCUUGCGCUUCGCUGGGGGAACGGUCCGAAGUCCGCGCUAUGGAAGAGGAGAAAUACUUGCCUGAGCUGAUGGCCGAGAAAGAUAGCCUGGAUCCAUCUUUUGUGCAUGCCUCACGCCUUCUGGCGGAAGAAAUUGAAAAAUUUCAAGGUUCUGAUAUAAAAAAGGAAGAUGAAGAAAAGAAAUACCUUGAUGUCAUCAGCAACAAAAAUAUAAAACUCUCAGAAAGGGUACUGAUUCCUGUCAAACAAUAUCCAAAGUUCAACUUUGUGGGGAAAUUGCUUGGACCAAGAGGAAACUCCUUGAAGAGGCUACAAGAAGAAACUGGCGCUAAAAUGUCUAUCCUGGGCAAAGGAUCAAUGAGAGAUAAAGCAAAGGAAGAAGAACUAAGGAAGAGUGGGGAAGCCAAAUAUGCCCACUUGAGUGAUGAGCUUCAUGUAUUAAUUGAAGUGUUUGCUCCACCUGGGGAAGCUUAUUCACGUAUGAGUCAUGCACUGGAAGAAAUUAAAAAAUUCCUCGUUCCCGACUACAAUGAUGAAAUCCGCCAGGAACAACUACGUGAAUUAUCUUAUUUAAAUGGCUCAGAAGAUUCUGGUCGUGGCAGAGGUAUUAGAGGCAGAGGGAUGAGAGUAGCACCCACAACUCCUUCAAGGGGCCGUGGGGGUGCCAUUCCUCCUCCCCCACCUCCUGGACGAGGUGUCCUCACUCCUCGAGGGACCACUGUGACCCGCGGAGCUCUUCCUGUGCCCCCUGUAGCAAGAGGUGUCCCUACUCCACGUUCCCGAGGAGCACCAGCGGUGCCAGGAUACAGGGCACCUCCUCCUCCAGCCCAUGAAGCGUAUGAAGAAUAUGGGUAUGAUGAUGGCUACGGGGGUGAAUAUGAUGACCAGACCUAUGAGGCUUAUGAUAACAGCUAUGCCACGCAAACACAAAGUGUGCCUGAGUACUAUGACUAUGGUCAUGGAGUAAAUGACGAUGCCUAUGACAACUACGCACCAGAAGAAUGGGCCACGACCCGCACCAGCUUGAAGGCAGCACCUCCAAGGUCAGCCAGAGGGGGAUACAGGGAGCACCCCUAUGGUAGAUAUUGAAGGUCCUCCUCACCUGUGACCUCACUUCAAAGACAAUUCAUAGCCUGUGGUCUCCAAAUAAACAGCAACAAGACAAGCACCCACAAACAAAGAGCACAUAAUUGAACAGCAGAUGUGAUGGCUAAGAAGGUUAGAGGAAAAGCAAAAAGAAGCCAGGAGGUAAAGAAUAAGAGCUCUUCUAAGGACAUAUCCCAAGGAAACAAAGCCAAAACCUUAAGCCAACAUUAUAAUUACUGCCUUUUCAUCUGAGAUCAAGUUUCUAAACAUCAAAGGUGUAACUAUUUCAUACUGCCUAUGUUUCAUCUAGUCAUGUCAUGGUUAAACUACAGAUUCAAAGAUCAGAAGUUACAGAAAAGCUCUCUCACCGUUCAAACUAAACCUUUGCUGUAUUAAGGGCAGGACUUUCACAGCAGAAACACCAGUGCUGAACAAGAGAAGAGAUCAUUCUUGCCAGUUGAAUUUAAAAGAUAUCAGAAUGAAGGUGAACAUCAGAAUAAGGAAAAAUCAAUUAAGAUCAAAGAGCAAUGCAGCUUGAAGAACAAAAAAGGUGAAAAUGUAUGAUAGAAGACACGGAGACAGGAAUCUGACAUGACCAAUAUGGAGGUUCAUUGUUUUUCUAAAUAAAGGCAAAGUGAGAAGACAAAUUUGGAUUUGAAUCAAGAAAUAUAAAAUAAAAAUAUGCACUUUAUGGCGGUGCAGGGGAGACACCAGGACAGUGGCAGAAGGAAGUGGACACUCUGGAGGAAGUGUGGAUCCUUUGAAGACAAUUUUGUGUACAACAGAAGACAGAACAUGCAGUGCCUAAGUGGUAGCCUUCACAAAAUGGAGUCAUUCAAAUGAUGUUCCUGGUCUACCUGCAGAGAGUAUUCAUUGGCUCACUUUUAAAAUCAACUUUGAUCAAAGUAUGGUCCUCAGCUAUCAGAUACUUGCAUGCAUCUUAAUGAACUGAAAAUAAAAGAAAACAUAUACA